UGAGGGCAGGAGGAUCUUUGGCGGGUUCUUAUAGCGACCACAGAGGAGCCUCGAUCAUGACCAAGCAGGCGCGGUGCACGAAAUAACACUUUUCUAUCUUUUGUCGUUUGCUUUUGGUCCUAUUUAGACCAUAUUCUGGGUCUUGUCACAGUGAAGCAGUGCGGUUAUACACGGAGUUCCUGGAGAAGUUUACUGGCCCUUCUGAGGCUGGUUUGUUGCUACGUGUGUGUUGCCUGAAUCAUGCCGCCGGUAGAGAAGGAAACCGGGCAGAUUAAAGCCCGAAUACAGGAGCUGAUCGAUACCAACUCGGUGCUGGUCUUUAGUAAAAGCUUCUGCCCGUUCUGUAAAAAGGUGAAAGAGCUUUUUCAGGAGUUGAAUGUAAAAUGCAAUGUCCUAGAGCUGGAUUUAAUUGAGAAUGGCUCCAACUACCAGGACUUGCUGUUGGAGAUGACUGGGCAGAAAACCGUCCCCAACGUCUUCAUCAACAAGACCCAUCUCGGAGGCUGUGACAAGACCAUCCAGGCACAUAAAGAUGGUCUCCUACAGCAGCUGCUGGGAGCGGAGAGCGAGGUGUACGACUACGACCUCAUCGUGAUAGGAGGUGGUUCCGGCGGCCUGUCCUGCUCAAAGGAAGCUGCUGCUUUGGGGAAGAAGGUCAUGGUUCUGGAUUACGUUGUCCCCACACCUAUGGGUACUUCAUGGGGUCUGGGUGGAACAUGUGUGAAUGUGGGCUGCAUCCCUAAAAAGCUGAUGCAUCAGACUGCACUCCUUCAUACUGCCUUGGAGGACGCUCGCAAGUUCGGGUGGGAGUUUAGUGAACAAGUGACUCACAACUGGGAGACGAUGAAGACUGCAGUGAAUAACUACAUCGGCUCCCUGAACUGGGGAUACAGAGUGUCUCUACAAGACAAGAAAGUCAAUUACGUCAAUGCUUAUGCAGAGUUUGUGGAGCCUCACAAAAUCAAGGCCACAAACAAGCGAGGCAAGGAAACCUUCUACACAGCAGCUAAGUUUGUGCUGGCAACAGGAGAGCGGCCGUGCUACUUGGGCAUCCCUGGAGAUAAGGAAUACUGUAUCACCAGUGACGACCUCUUCUCCUUACCCUACUGUCCCGGUAAGACGUUGGUCGUCGGAGCAUCCUAUGUUGCAUUGGAAUGUGGGGGAUUCCUAGCCGGUCUGGGGCUCGAUGUGACCGUAAUGGUUCGCUCAAUUCUACUGAGAGGAUUCGACCAGGACAUGGCCAAUCGUGCAGGGGACCACAUGGAGACACAUGGGGUCAAAUUCCUCAGAAAGUUUGUUCCUGUUAAGGUGGAACAGCUUGAGGCUGGCACUCCAGGUCGAUUGAAAGUGACUGCCAAGUCUACUGACACUGAUGAAAUCUUUGAAGGAGAGUACAACACUGUCUUGAUUGCUGUCGGUCGUGAUGCCUGCACAGGAAAAAUUGGUCUUGAAAAGGUUGGAGUGAACGUCAGCCCAAAGAAUGGAAAGAUCCCAGUAAAUGAUGAGGAGCAGACCAAUGUCCCACACAUCUACGCCAUCGGCGACAUUCUGGAGGGUAAAUGGGAGCUGACACCUGUAGCUGUUCAUGCUGGCAAGCUACUGGCUCGCAGGCUGUUUGCAGGUGCUACUGCCAAGUGUGACUACGUGAACGUUCCCACAACCGUGUUCACACCUCUGGAGUACGGCAGCUGUGGUCUCUCCGAGGAAAAAUCCAUCGAGCUUCAUGGAGAGCAAAACCUUGAGAUUUAUCACAGUCUGUUCUGGCCUCUGGAGUACACCUUGCCCAGUAGGGACAACAACAGAUGCUAUGCCAAAAUCAUCUGCAACAAAUUGGACAAUUACCGUGUGAUCGGUUUUCACUACCUGGGUCCUAAUGCUGGGGAGGUGACUCAGGGAUUUGGAGCUGCCAUCAAGUGUGGAUUGACCAAAGAGCAGCUGGAUACCACCAUUGGUAUACACCCAACCUGUGCUGAGAUCUUCACUACGAUGGAGGUGACCAAGAGGUCAGGUGGUGACAUCACGCAGUCUGGUUGCUGAGGUUAAACCCUGCUCGUUUAAUAGGCUGUCCUAAAACUUGAAACUGCUUAAAGCUAGUUUCUACUGCCUGUACUGGUCCCAUCCAUCCUUUGACCAGUCCGUCAGCUUUCCAACUCUCUAACUCAGCUUAGUCUCUAAACAGCGAAACACAAAGCAAUAAAAGACUGAACAGGAAUCAAAUCACUCUUUUUAAAGUGCUCUUUAGAGUCCAUGAGACAUACAUCUUAAGACUUUCCUUCGAUCUGACCACUAGGUGCCACCUGAAGAUUUUUUUAGGUGUGAGAUGCUAGUGGCAGAUAUUGGGAAGGUCUUCAGAUUGUGGUGUGUCGGGACCGACUUGAGCCCUGCUGCACAGCAGAGAUGGAGAAGCUGACACACUAAAGGACAGCCUGUUAAACAGCGGGGUUACUCUGCUGCUACGAAAUCCUCCAGGUCUGAGGCAGAAAUGCAUUAGGAGUUGAUGCAUGUUUUGGUGCGCACACACGCCACUAACACAAGCAUCCACACCUCUAAAGCUAUGUGACGUUUUAGCCCCUAACCUAAAUUCUAAGGUGGGCUAUGACUGAUGAUGUUCUGAGCUUAGACUGAGGAGGUGAAAACACACAUCGUACACACACAUGCGCGCACACACACUUGUCCAAUUUGCCUAGCUCUAGGCUCAAACAGAGCAUAAUUUAGGGCUACUGCUUCCCUCAAAAUACUGUAGUGUUACAACUGAGUGUGAGGACUGGCUCUGUAGCGUGAAAUGUCCUAAUUCAUAUAAAUUUAGGAAUAUAUUACUGUUAUUAGUGAUUCUCUAUUUAAGAUGCACCAUGAUCCAGGGCACUGAUUAGUCUCAUGCACUUAUAACCUUUGGUGUUUUACAUUUGCCACAAUACAGUCUCAGCUACAAUGUUUGUUUUACUUUUGGAAGUUUUCUUUUGACCUUAAGCAUAGACAGACAUUUUCUACCAGUCUGAAGCAUAGAUAAAUGUUUUCUAAGGGUCUGAAUUGUCAUUGUGUCGUUUUGUAUUAUUUCCACCAUUCCAGCCUUAAAUGAGAAACAAUCAGACGUUUGGUUCCAUAUUCCUGUGUGGCAGUUAAAUGCCCAAGUUUGGAUUAAACACUCGAUAACAAAGCUUUUGUGUCAGAAAACGUCCACUGUGUAUUUUUACCAAAGCUAAACAGAAUGUGGCAUUGUAGUCCUAAUCCUUAUCUAAAAGUGUACUUGUAUUUAAACCAUCUUCUGGUUUGUAAUUCCCUUUGAAGCACUUAAAUUUCUGAUUUCAUGACCAUCACUUUUUACCUUGAAGCAAACUCCCAUUUGCUUGAUCUCACUGAAUCACCUUUUAAAAAGACAUGUAAUUUGUUAGAUAAAACCCCCCUUAUGUGCUGUCACUUAGCAACAAUGCCUGGUGAAUGUACAAGCCAGUGUUUCUAUGGUAUCAAUGUUUUGGAGUAAUUAGAAGAAUUUAAAUAAAGCUAUGUACUCUGAACCUCA